ACCAAGCUGAACCACAUUGCGAGUUGAGUUGAAUUCAAUCCUUUUUUAGUUUCGCUUCUCUCUGAAGAAAGUUUAUAACUUUACUAAGAAAAUCACAAUCCGAGAAAGAAUCAUCAAUGGCACCCGAACACGAAGACGAUCUCAAGGACGAGAAGAAUCCUCGACCACUUGACGAGGAUGACAUCGCCCUCCUCAAAACCUACGGUUUGGGACCUUAUUCCACAAGCAUAAAAAAAGUGGAAAAGGAAAUCAAAGAUAUGGCAAAGAAAGUGAAUGACUUAUGUGGUAUCAAGGAGUCUGAUACUGGUUUAGCUGCACCAAGCCAGUGGGAUCUUGUUUCUGAUAAGCAAAUGAUGCAGGAGGAGCAGCCUCUUCAGGUGGCAAGGUGCACAAAGAUUAUUAAUCCAAACUCGGAAGAUGCUAAAUAUGUUAUCAAUGUGAAGCAGAUCGCAAAGUUUGUUGUUGGGCUAGGAGACAAAGUUUCCCCCACUGACAUAGAGGAAGGGAUGCGUGUUGGGGUUGAUAGAAACAAAUAUCAGAUUCAGAUUCCUUUGCCUCCAAAAAUUGAUCCAAGUGUUACCAUGAUGACAGUUGAAGAGAAGCCAGAUGUGACAUAUAAUGAUGUUGGUGGUUGUAAGGAACAGAUUGAAAAAAUGCGUGAAGUUGUUGAACUUCCCAUGCUUCAUCCAGAGAAAUUUGUCAAGCUUGGGAUUGAUCCUCCGAAGGGUGUUCUCUGUUAUGGUCCACCAGGAACUGGCAAAACACUUUUAGCCAGGGCUGUUGCUAAUAGGACCGAUGCGUGUUUUAUAAGGGUUAUUGGAAGUGAGUUAGUUCAGAAAUAUGUUGGAGAGGGCGCCCGGAUGGUUCGUGAACUAUUUCAGAUGGCUCGUUCAAAGAAGGCAUGCAUUGUGUUUUUUGAUGAAGUUGAUGCAAUUGGAGGUGCCCGAUUUGAUGAUGGUGUUGGUGGCGACAAUGAGGUUCAGCGCACAAUGCUUGAAAUUGUAAAUCAGCUUGAUGGGUUUGAUGCUCGGGGAAACAUCAAAGUUUUGAUGGCAACUAACAGGCCUGACACUCUAGACCCAGCACUUCUACGGCCAGGGAGAUUGGAUCGUAAAGUUGAAUUUGGUCUUCCUGAUUUAGAGAGUAGGACACAGAUAUUCAAGAUACACACAAGAACCAUGAACUGCGAAAGGGAUAUCCGGUUUGAACUUCUAGCUCGGCUUUGCCCGAAUUCCACUGGAGCUGAUAUAAGGAGUGUGUGCACUGAAGCUGGUAUGUAUGCUAUCCGUGCCAGAAGGAAGACUGUAACAGAGAAAGACUUUCUUGAUGCAGUAAAUAAAGUCAUCAAAGGAUACCAGAAGUUCAGUGCAACUCCCAAAUAUAUGGUCUACAACUGAGAUAUUCUUUCAUCUACUUUCCCAGAGCACCAUAUUAGCACGCACAGUAUUUAUUUCUCCCGUGAAAAUUAUUCAAGGGGCAGAUGGUUCUUUCCUCAGUAGUUUUUGAAACUCUUCUGUAUGGAUGCAUAUUUCAUGGUUGACUCUUACAAGUUUCUCUUGCAAACGUUUUCCUAAUGUUACAUCCCAAAUUGUUUCUCGAGUCUUGUUGCUAUUUUCAGCAAAAGGAAAAGGGUAGUGAUUGUCCUUGCUGGAGGGUGUAUAAUUUGAGCAAUUAAAAAAAAAA